AUGGCGGACGCAGAUGACUUCGAAACGGGGGACCUGUUCAAGGACCCCGAGGGCUUCUACGAGCCUGAGAAGGAGCCCACCUUCGCCGAGCACCACAUGCUCUCCGGCCAAACGGUGCGCGUGCGCUUAGUUGGAGACCAUCCUCUAUAUGGUAACCUCCUCUGGAACGCCGGCCGAACCAGCUCCCACUACAUCGAAGAACGUGCGCACGAGCUUAUCGCCGGCAAAGAUGUGCUCGAGAUCGGCGCCGCCGCCGGCGUCCCCAGCAUCGUCGCCGCGGUCAUGGGCGCCCGCACCUCCGUGAUGACCGACUACCCGGAUCCCGAUCUCGUCGGCAAUAUGCGCUACAAUGCGGAGAUCUCCGCGCCGUUGAUCCCCAAGAACUCGUCCCUGCACGUUGACGGAUACAAGUGGGGGAGCCCUGUGGAACCUUUGUUGGCGUACCUGCCAGCUGGGUCGACGGGGUUCGAUGUCCUGAUCAUGGCGGAUGUGGUUUACAGUUGGCGGGAGCAUGGCAAUUUGAUCAAGACGAUGCAGAUGGCGCUGAAGAAGUCGCCCGAUUCUGUCGCCUUGGUGAUCUUCACCCCGUAUGAGCCGUGGUUUCUGCCCAGGACGGAGACCUUCUUCCCGUUGGCGGAGCAGAAUGGAUUCCGUGUGACGAAGAUCUUCGAGAAGCUUAUGGAUGCCGUCUUGUUUGAGAAUGAUCCUGGUGACGAGAAGCUGAGGAGGACCGUUUUUGGAUACGAGAUUAGAUGGGCCGACGAUCAGCUCAAAUAG